AUGAGUCUGUCACAAACCUCAGACCAGCGUCCAGUAUCAACAGACAACCAGAUUGAUCGAACAAAUACAACAACCAAUCAAGAGACUAGUUUUGGUGAAUCAUUGGCCAGUUUACUAGAUGAUCCCAACAUCAUAUCAAUUCAUAAUGUUUCCAACAACGACGAUGCUUUCAAUUGUAUUGGUGCUGAGGAUGUAGUACAGACGCACUUGAAUUAUGAACAGGAUCCUUUUACAAGAAUUGAGGCAUUGUACAAUCAAUUGACUUAUUCCUUAGGUCAAGCAAGUUACGGCAAAGAAUAUGACUAUCAUGAACGACACUAUUCAGUUUCAUCUUCAUCUACUUUACCACCAUUAGCACCAUCAGCAACAACAGCAACAGUAUCAGCACCACCUCGUUCAACUUCAUUGAGCACAGUUGCAACUAGUAUUUCCUUGGCAGCCAGUUUGAUUCCAAAUAGCACUAACUCGCAGGAAAAAAAACUAGCUCAAAUGCUUCCACCAUUGAUGAGUGAUUGCCAGUUCACACAAUCUCAAUUGCACGAGAUCGAGUUGUAUCAACUAGGUUCAGAAAAGGCAAAUUUCUUGAAUCCACUUCUUGUAAACAAAGCUGUUACACCAUAUUUCAAAGAUACUCACAAUGAUGUGAGCUCCAAAACUGCUGACAACCAAGCUACAUGUACUGGUUUAGAAAAUUUUUGCUCUAAAUUUUGCUAUCCAACAAAUUUCGCAACCAUUGCUAGCUCACCCCUUUUUGCGAAAAACUUUGUGUUAAACUCCAACUCGGAAACUUUGACUGACAAAAGACAAAAUGCUCUAAAGGGAGAGAUUUACGAUGAUGACACUGUACAUUUACAAUUGUUGCCCAGUAAUAAUGGGUUUCCAUAUUAUCUGAGAAGUAAUUCUUCCAAGUUGGAUGAGUUAAGAGAGUCGUUGAAUAUACCACCAAGUUACGUAUUGCCUAGUUCUCAGUUGGUUCAUGAAUAUAAUGACGAAAAUGAAGAGGACGGUAACCAUCAUUACGACUCAGUAAUUUCAAACAGUUCAAUUAGCUAUGCUGCAAUUGCACCAUUGAGAAGAAAUGACACUGAUGAGACGCCGACUCCACUGAGAUACCACAAUCAAGCAAACACGAUCCCUUCUUCGCCAAUUAUCAAAAUCGGGCGCUCCCAACAAGCGUCAACCAUGAGUCAAAUGAGGAGUUCUACUAGCGAUGCUUCUACGGAUACACCACCUUUUGCGCACGUCCCUAAACACAAUGUACACAAUAUGGUAUUCCCAAUAAUUUUCACAUUUUUUGAGCGUAAACAAGAUUUUAUGAGUUAUGUCCAGCAAUUUAUCGAAAAAGAGUCCGUGACGGUCCAACCUCCCCCUUCAACUAGACCCACUAGCUACGUCAAACGAGCACCUAGAUGUCACUCCCCCAAAAGUUCCGAGAUUUAUGACAUUGGCCCCAAAAUCCUUCCUGUCCCAUUUUCAAAGGACUAUAUUGACUUGAAAAACACUCGAUUCAAGCCGUUAUCGGAAUUGAAACAGAUGGCCCAUUACCAACUACCACCAAAUGAAUCGUGCAACUACGUGGUGGAUAAAACUAAGAAAAAGGGCAAUCAUUGUCCCAAUCGGCCUGCAAGUGCUGACCUCGGUGCAUUUAGAUUACAGCCACCACCACUCAAUACCCUUGGCGAAGCGAAAAACGACCGGUAUUAUUCCCGACUCAAUAUCUAUGAGUUGUCAAAGAUACUCGAAUUGGAUCAGUUUAGUAUUGACUUGACCAAAUUUAUCGAAGGUGUCAUUUUGGAAAUUUUUGGCAAUUACUGUGAUUUUAAAUUGGGAUUACAAACUUGGAUUAGAGAUACUGAUAAGGAGAAACGCAAGUCCUUGAUUCAACAGUUGUAUUCCUAUACUUCGAUUUUUUAUCCUGAGCUUGAUCAGUUUAAAUUGGAGGUUAUUAUUAGGAGGGGGAGCUAUAGUAUGAUGCAAACGAGAUUAAGGAGGGAACGGAGGUUGCAAAGGGGAAAAAAGUGA